AUGGCCCAAGUCGCCUCACAGCACCAAUCCCACAGCUCACGCGCUUCGCCCGCCUCAGUCCACGAACACCGCGACGAUGCUCCAUUGCCCGCCGCUCCUCCGCCGCCGCCGAACAACUCCUCAGCGAAUAAGAAGACCAAACCCAAGAAAGGCGCCGCCGACACGAAUGACGCACACAAACAGCUCCAGGCCAAGAUUGCUCAGCUAGAACAAGAUGCCACCGGCAGGNCUGAAGAAGAUGCGGAAAUCGGUNACCGGGAAGUCAAAAAGGCGAAUCGCGACCUUCAAAAUCUUCUUCAAUCCAUGGAUGGUCCGAUAUCCAAGAUGGAAACGGUCCAACGGAAAUACUCGGAACUUCUGGCAGACAUGAAGAGGACCGAACGGGAACAUAUCAAGGCCAAGAAGCGCGGCGAUCAAUUGCAAAAGGACAAGGACACGCAAAGAUCAGAGCUCACAAAGGCAAACUCUAUGAAGGAGAAGCUGGAGAAGCUCAGUCGUGAGCUGACAAAAGAAAACAAGAAACUUAAGGAGGAUCUUCGCGAGCUCAAAGAAAGCGCCGCAGACAAGAACGAAGAGCUGCAUCGUCGACUCGAACGAAUGGUAGGCGACGUUGAGCAGGUGAUAAGCGAUCGCAAACUUCCAGAUCGACCCACUGGCGAGAUGGAGGAAGACAAACUAUUCCGAGAAAAGUUCAAAUCCUUCGUCGAACAAUACGAAAUGCGCGAAAUCCAGUUCCACUCACUCCUCCGAAGCAAGGAGCUCGAAAUCCAGUUCCAUCUCGCGCAGCAAGAGCGACUCCGCAAGCAACAGGAUGCAGAAUUGAACAAGUCGCAUCAGUUGACCCGUCAGGUAUCUACCUUUUCCCAAACAGAGAAUGAACUGCGCAGUCAGCUGAAUAUUUAUGUGGAGAAGUUUAAGCAGCAGGUCGAAGACACCCUUAACAACAGCAACGACCUGUUCCUGACUUUCCGCAAAGAGAUGGAAGAAAUGAGCAAGAAGUCCAAACGCCUGGAAAAGGAAAACAUGCAGUUGACACGCAAGCAAGAGGCCACCAACAAGAACAUCUUCCAGAUGGCCGAGGAACGCACCCACUCUCAGCAAACCAUCGAUCGCCUACACAAGGAGAACGAAAAGCUAAAGAAGCUCUGCCGCGCCAUGCAGACCAAUGGUUACGGACGCGCAGACAUGGUCAACGCCGCUCCUGGGGCGCCGAACCCAGCCCAUCACCCGGACGAAGACGAGGAAGACGACCUUGCCGAGACAGACUCCGAAUACGACGAGUAUGAUGAGGACGACGAUGAGGGCAGCGUUGAGGCCGAGUACGACGACGACACCGAGGAUGAAGCUGUGGAUCAACGACCUCGCACAUACGGUCCUGUANCCGCCACCCCUCCGCCGCCGCCAACAGGCGAGCCGGCUCACGGCGCGAAUGGCAAGGCGCGACAACCUUCACAGCCAGUGAAUGGUGUGAAGCAUUAA